AUGGCGGAGAAGCGGAAGAGCGUCGACGUCGACGAGAUCGGCGCCGCCGCCGCGGCCCCGUGCGCGACCGGGUGCGGCUUCUUCGGCAACCCGGCCACCGGCGGCAUGUGCUCCAAGUGCUACCGCGAGCACGCCGCCGCCACCGCCACCGCCACCCCGCCGGAGAAGAAGGCCAGGAUCAUCACGUCUGCCACCGCCGUCGCGCCGUCCCCUGAUGUUAUUGGUGCCGAUGGCGCGGUCGCGGGGGCCCCCGCGAAGCCCGCGGCGAGCCGGUGCGCGGCGUGCCGCAAGAAGGUUGGCCUGCUGGGGUUCCCGUGCUGCUGCGGCGAGACCUUCUGCGGCGCACACCGCUACGCGGAGAAGCACGCCUGCGGCUUCGACUACAAGGGCGCCGGCCGCGAGCGGAUCGCCAGGAACAACCCGGUCGUGGUCGCCGACAAGGUCGCCAAGAUCUGA